GCGAUCGACAACAUGGCGGCGGUGGAGGAGACGCUGUUGGAAAACUCGGACGCAGAGGAGGAGAAGGAGGAAGAAGGAGAUCGCGACGAGUCGCAACGUCGCGAUGCAGAGGAUACAGGCGAGGAGUUCACGCUGAACCUGGUGCGGCAGCUCGGAGGGACUAAGGCAGACUAUAUAAUGCUGUAUUCGUUAAAUGACAAUGAAGAAUUAAUUGAUGGUGGAAAAAAGAAUGCAAUAGAUGAUCUGAAAGAAGGUGAAUUAGAAUCCUUCAUCAAUAAAAUAGGCAUAAGGAAAUAUUCCAAAUUUCUCCUGGAGGAAAAUGAAGAAUGCACUGAAAAUGAAAUAAAAAAGAAAGACAAGAAUAAAAACCAUGAAAAGGUGAAAGAGAAAUUACAAGAUAGAAGGGAUAAACAAAAGGAAUUUCCUGGAAAGAAGGAAAAGAAAAAGCUCAUCCAAGAUCAUGAAGCAUCCAAUCCAUCUGAGAUAUUAAGCAGGAAAAUUAAGAAACAGGUCACCUUAGAAUUUGAACCCAGAUCAUACUUAUUGAUAAAACCAGGAGGAAAGUGGUAUAAUAUGGAAUAUACUAAUGAGCACAGUUCUCAGCCACAACAUGAAACACUCAUCUCACAGUAUAGAAAUCUAGCUAAACAGUUGUAUGAGCAUGAGACCAAUCUUUACAGGAGUAAGCAAAAUAUCCAAAAAGGAGCAAAUUCAGCAUGGAUAAAAACUGUGGUCAAAACAGGCACACUAGCAGACAGAAUGGCCGCCAUGACACUUAUGAUGCAAGAUGCUCCAGUGCAUACUCUAUACUUUGUGGAGGAAUUAAUCAACCAAAUCAAGAAGAAAGGAAGUCGACGGCAAUACUUAAUAGCUUUGACUACGUUAACAGAGCUACUAAUCUCUGAGUUACUUCCAGACAAUCGAAAACUGCAAACUUUCUCCCAGCAUCCCUUUAAUAACCUAGAGGAGCUUGCUAGUGGAAACAAAGAUGCCAGAGACAAGCGUCUAAUAUUGUGGUACUUCGAACACUUGCUGAAGCAUCAGUUUGCAGAGUUUGUGCAAGCCUUAGAAACGUUGGCCCAUGACGCUGUCCAAGCAACAAAAGCUCGUGUCUUGGCAACAGUCCACGAGAUUUUGUGCAAUAAACCAGAACAAGAGAAAGCCCUAUUGAUGCAGUUAGUGAAUAAAUUAGGAGACCCACAAUAUAAAUUGGCCGCAAAGGCCUCCUACCUUUUGGAAACUUUGCUCCAUAAGCAUCCCAAUAUGAAAACUGUUGUGUGUUGUGAAGUUGAGAGACUUCUGUUCAGGCCUAACAUUAGUCUGAAAGCCCAGUACUAUGCCAUUUGCUUUCUCAACCAAAUGGUCCUGAGUCAUGAAGAGAGUGAUCUGGCUGGGAAGCUAAUAUCCAUUUACUUUUCAUUUUUCCAUGGCUAUAUUAAAAAAGCAGAACUAGACUCUAAAAUGCUCAGCGCCUUGCUGUCGGGUGUCAAUCGAGCUUAUCCUUAUUCCAAGAUGGAUGAUGAAAAAGUGAUAGAACAAAUGGAUACUUUGUUCAGGAUUGUACAUACUGUAAACUUCACCACAAGUGUCCAAGCACUAAUGUUGCUAUUUCAAGUGAUGGAUUCUCGACAAACUGUGUCCAAUCGAUACUAUGUAGCACUCUACAGGAGACUGUUGGAUCCAGGACUGGCACGAUGUUCUAAACAAGCCAUGUUUUUGAAUCUGCUGUACAAGUCUUUGAAGUCUGACAUUGUGCUUCGUCGCGUUAAGGCAUUUAUAAAACGGAUCUUGCAAGCUGCUUAUGGCCAAACACCAGCGUUUAUAUGCGGAGCUCUCUAUCUUAUUUCUGAGAUUUUAAAACUGAGGCCUGGCAUCCGAGUCAUGUUACAGGAACAUGGGGAAUCUGAUGAAGAAGAGCACUUUAAAGAUAUUGAUGAAAGUGAUGAGGAAGAGAUAUUUGAAGAUCUUGAUGAAAAGAUGAAGAAAUCUGAAGGGGAGAACUAUAUUGUUCAUAAAACAGAUGCUGCCAAAGAACAAAAAGAUUUACAGAAUAAUAAUUUAGAUGGCAAAACAGAAUCAGCAACAUCUGCAUCGUGGUUGCACCACAAAAAUCAAGAUAAGUGUCUGGGAAACUAUGACCCAUUCCACAGAAAUCCCCUCUCUUGCGGAGCAGAUCGCACUGGCCUCUGGGAAUUGAAGAAGCUAAGUGAACAUUUCCACCCAUCUGUGACACACUUUGCAACAACUAUCCUGCAGGGUGACCACAUCCAAUAUCCUGGGGACCCUCUACAGGACUUUACAUUAAUGAGAUUUCUUGAUCGUUUUGUAUACAGAAAUCCAAAACAACACAAAGGCAAAGAAAACACUGACAGUGUAGUGAUGCAGCCUAAAAGGAAACUUCUGUUGAAUGAUGUGCGUAACCUGCCAGUGAAUAGUCAGAAGUUUAUUGAACGUGAAGAGAGCCAGAUCCCAGUGGAUGAAAUAUUUUUCCACAGAUAUUACAAAAGACUUAACGCAUUGAAAAAGCAGCAAAGAUUUCGAGGAAGUGAUGAAGCUGUGGAAGAUGUAGAUGAUGAUGAGUUUGAGCAGCUACUUGAUUUCUAUGAAGGAGAAAAGUCUUACGACAGAUUAAUUGCUAACAGUUUAGAUUUUGCCAGUAAUAUGAAACAGCAGUCAAAAAAUGCAAAGCAAGUUGAAGCUGAUUCAGACCUCGAAGAUGAUGAUAUGGGUGACUUGGAUGAUGAUGAAGUAUCAUUAGGAAGCUUGGAUGAAGAAGACUUUGAGGAAGGGGUUGGAGAAGAUGGUGGCAUGUUUAUGGAUGAACUGGAUGAUUCCGAAGAGGUCAACAGUGUAUCAGCAAUCAAGAAGUGUAAAACAUCUGGCAAAAGGAAAAAAGACAUUGAUUUCGCCAAAUUUAUUUCAGGAAAGAAACCGAAAAAGGGUAUUAAGGAUGACAUUAACAUGGCUGCUGCUGCAGAAGAGUUUGGUUACUUGCUGGAUGAAAAUGCAGGAUCAAAGUUUGACAACAUUGGUAUAAAUGCAAUGGCAAACAAAGAUAAAGCAAGUAUAAAGCAGCUACAGUGGGAAGCCGAACGUGAUGCGUGGAUCAGAGGCAAAGACGCACGGACGUUACGUAAGCAGAAGAACAAAUUCAAGGCCAGGAAACUACAAAAUAAACGCAAAAGAUUUUUAAAAGAGAAGAGAUGAACACAGCUUAGUAAAACUAUUUAUUCAAAAAUUGUUCCGAACCUCCUUGGUAAAUCAACUUUUAUAGAUUUAGACUUUGUACUUACGUAUUUACUGGUUACUUGUUGGACCAUGUUUCCUGAUCCUGUUCUCUGAUUCCAUAAAUUCCUGCCCACUCAUUGGAUUUAUAAUAAACUGAAAAUAGUACAGCAAGUUAUUUUGUAUCAAAUUAUAAAAUGGAUGCCUGUAUAUUUUCUUUAAAAAUGAAGACAAUGCAAAUCAGAAGGACUUUUCUAUGACAUUGGAUGAUUCAGAGUUUAAAUAAGAACUUUAGUCUUUACUAAAAGAUUAACAUGAAAACAGUACAGGAUUGUUAAGAGACAAAUGCAGAAGAUGUCAGAAUCUCAACUAUUCAAGCAGUAUGCAUGUAUGAAUUGUGAAGUAUGGAUUAGAAAUUUUAUGUUUUGUAUAAAAUUGCUGUAUGUAAAAGCAU